AACAAGGCAACAACUAUCCAGUACCAUCCAAUCCAAACUCUAAUUCAAGAGAGAGAGAGAGAGAGAGAGAGAGAGAUAUGUUGUUGGUGGGAGUGUGGUGUAGUGUGGUGGCAUUGGCUACCAUAUUGGUAACUCGAUGGAUUCAAAAGUGGAGGAAUCCCAGUUGCAGCAACGAAGGACUUCUUCCCCCAGGUUCCAUGGGCUUCCCUCUUAUUGGAGAGACCAUUCAGUUACUUAUUCCCAGUCGUUCACUUGACCUCCAUCCUUUCAUCAAAAACAGAGUUCAGAGAUAUGGGCCAAUAUUUCGUACAAGUGUUGUAGGUCGACCGAUUGUUAUGUCAACAGACCCCAAGUUCAAUCAUUACAUCAUUACAGAAGAAGGGAAAUCGGUGGAAUUGUGGUACCUGGACACGUUUUCAAAGAUGUUGCCCAUCUAUGGAGUUGGCUCAAUCCAAAAGUACAUAAGAAACAUAGCACUGUCCCACUUUGGAGUGGAGAGCAUAAGGGAAAGAUUGCUCCCACAAGUAGAACAAAUUGUCCAGAAAACUCUUCGUUCUUGGUCAACCCAGAAAUCUGUUGAACUCAAACAUGCCACUUCAAGUAUGCUUUUCGAUUUCACAUUGAAGCAGAUGUUUGGCUACGAUUCUGAGAAUUCGCCCGAGAAACUGAGUGACAAGUUUGCUAACUUCGUACAUGGCCUCAUGUCCCUUCCUUUGAACAUACCUGGUACUACAUAUCACAAAUGCCUCAAGGAUCAGAAGGAGGUUUUAAGCAUGAUGAGGGGUAUUGUAAAGGAGAGACUUGCUUCUCCCGACAAGCGUCGAGGAGACUUCCUUGAUCACGCAAUCCAAGACAUGAAAACCGAGAACUUCUUGACGGAGGAUUUCAUAGUCCAAUUAAUGUUUGGAAUUUUAUUUGGAACCUUUGAGCCAAUCUCAGCCGUUCUAGUUUUAACUUUGAAGUUGCUCUCGGAUCAUCCUUUGAUAGUAGAGGAACUAACGGCUGAACAUGAGGCAAUUCUUCGAAACAGGCAUAAUCCGGAUUCCUCACUCUCCUGGGAUGAAUAUAAAUCGAUGACUUUUACGCUUAAUGUCAUCAAUGAAGUUCUUAGGUUGGGAAAUGUCGCUCCAGGGCUGUUAAGAAGAGUGACAAAGGAUAUCAAAUUCAAUGGUUAUACCGUUCCAGCUGGUUGGGACAUAGUUCUUGUUACUCCUGCUCUUCAAUUAAACCCGGAAACCUUCAAGGAUCCAGUUGCCUUCAAUCCAUCCCGCUGGAAGGGCCUUGAUUCAUACACUAUAUCAAAGAAUUUCAUGCCUUUUGGAGGAGGGAUCAGACAAUGUGCGGGUGCAGACUACAGUAGGGCCUUUGUGGCCACCUUUCUCCAUAUACUGGUCUCCAAAUAUAGGUGGACAAAAAUAAAAGGAGGAAAGAUCGUCCGGAAACCGAUUUUGGAUUUUGAAGGUGGACUUGAAAUUGAAGUCUCGGAAAAGAACAAAUGAAGAUAUUGCCUAAUGCCACUAAAUAAAUACUAGGUUUGAAUAAUGAAAAAGGGGAUUGGCUUUAACCUUUUUUCUGGACGUACGAUUGCAGGGCCCUGUUGGAGCGUGUAUCAAUAUAGGACACACCAAUGCCAUGCCAUAAAGAAUACUAUAUAAAAUGUUGUGACUUUUGUUAUAUGUGUAAUUGUGUUGUUUAUAUAUAGCUUUCGAA